AAAAUGUGCCCACUCACUCAAAACAAUACACCAGCAAACACUCGGCGACACACGACAAACAGCAAGUACUAGCAAUCAUCUAGCCGAUUCUUCCCUUGCUGCAGCAUCUGUAGCUUCCUUCUCGCCUUCGUUCACCUUCCGCGGCUGAUUAAUGGCAACCAUGAUGACCAUGAGCUCCUUCGCCGGUGCCGCCGUCCUGCCGCGUGGCUCGGCCGGCCACUUCGGUGCCCAGUCUCUGCCAGCACUGGGCCGACGCGCCCUCAUCGUCAGGGCACAAACCGAAGGCCCGAGUGCACCACCGCCAAACACACCCAAGG